AUGUCGCCCGUCGCGCCUCAGCUACCUACGCGAUUCCCGUGCUGGUGUCGUGCGAUUUACUCAUGGGGAGGUGAAACAAAACGCGAUCUCGGUUUUGUGGAGGGUGAUCUUAUUGAGUGUUUGAAUGCUGGGGAUGGGCAAUGGUGGAUGGGUCGUCUGCGCCGUGACAGGCGCAUGGUCGGGCUUUUCCCAUCCAAUUUCGUGGAGGUUCUGGGUGAAGAUUUCGUGCCUGUCACUAGAGCAACAAGUCCCAUGAUGCCUGCCGGACGCUCUCCAAUCACGAAUCCCACUUCUGCUCCAAAGAAGCAGAAGACUGUAUUUAGAAAGCCCUUUCAGGCCCACAAGGAAGCUUUGGCCCCCGCGGAGCUGGCCCGGAACGCGACGACGACGACACAAGCUUCCAGUUCAAUUCCGCAAACGCCACCUCGAAACGGCAGCAGUGUGCGGAGUGUCAAACCUCUGCGCACACCAACUACUGCGGUGAAAAACCAGAGCUCUCUUUCCAGACCUCCCUCGCAACAUAGACCUUCUUCUGGUGGAGGCUCUCCCCAUGCGCCGCCGGUUGCGGAUCCUCCACCACAAAGUCCCACUCCAGCCAGAGAGAGCAUCUCGCGCUCCAGGCCUCCCUCCCGCGCGCCGUCCCCUCGUCUCCCAUAUGAUAUGGAUCUUCUGCCGCCGUCUGUGCCUGUCAGGCACACCCCGCUAGCUCGACCUCCGUCAGUCCACCCUCCAUCGCACGAGAUCUCCCCGUUGCAGCUUCAAGAGCGCGAAGAGUCGCCGCCGCCGCCUCCUCCCCCUCCGCAUCGAAUUGCAGUCAACCGGCGACCUUCCAUGGACAUGGAUGUCCCCAUGCACCUGGACAUGAAUGACCGCUACGCGACCAUGUCAAGGACACCGUCUCCAGCAGCUCAUUCGGACGCCAAUGGAAACACUCCGUCACCUCUUCGCGACGCAAUGGAAGAUGUCAUGACAUCCUUGGAAGAUAUGGGACUGUCGCGGGGAGCACAUUCACCCUCGCCAGCCCCAGUUUUUGAUAAUCCUUGGUCUCCAGAAGCCUUUGAUAGCCUUCGCGACAGCAGACCUGCCCGGCAUGGUCACCGACCGUUGACAUCUCUCGGUUUUGAAGGUGAGCAAGAUCAUCAAUUCCGCGACAGUCAGAUACAUCGAAAUACCAUGUACGGCCAUGACCAUUACCUUGACGGGCCGCCGCAAUUGAACAACUACGUGCAGAGAAUGGAAAGCCGGUUGCGCCAGAUGCAGGAGCAAAGUCGCAGAGGAUCGGAAGACAUACUGCCUCCGGAGGAUGCCGAAGAGCCUCCACCUCCGCCACCUAAGCACCUCGCUCACCACGGGAGGCAUACCUCAGUCCCUGCGCAGUAUCCAUACCUGAGGAGUCAAAGAUCAGGGCAGGACUUGAGAGGAGACGCUCUCAAUAGAAGUCACACGAAAUCCAGUACCACGACUUCUUCAAGCGGAGUGCAAAGUAUCAGUACGGCUAUGACAGCUAGCACAGAACAAACGAGCCAGAGCUUGAUGAGUGGGCCGUCGGCGGGCGCAUUCAGCGCAACAAGUGCAGGAAGCUAUGCCAGGCGAGGACUGACGACCAGUAAUGAAAGGCCAAACACAGCCAUGGAAACCUUUCGCUCAAGAGGCUUCAGCGAUGUUUCACGCAUGCCUCGGCCUGAGACACCUCUUACUGGUAUAUCAUACCACUCGAGUCACAACACCUCUCGGCAAGGCGCUUCGUCUGCUAUCCCGUGGUCUCAGCCCGCUGCCGAUGCCAGCGAAUCCACCGCUGUUUUUGGUGGUCUAUCCACUCCGAAGGCGAAGAAGCAGGGGUUUUUCAAGAAGAUUUUCGAAUCAGCCAAGACCGGUGCCGCUAAUGCCAGAAGCAGUAUCGCUGUGGGAAACAGUGGUGGAUCCUAUUCACCUACGAAAGGCAGGGCAAUAUCUCCGAUUAGACGUGACACGACUCGCGACGCAGGGACUGGCACGGUAGACUGGGUGCAGGUUCGACGUGAUGUGAAUCGAGCAAGCUCGCCGAGCCGCAACGAGCGCAUCGAAAGGGCCGAGCGCUGCCAGAUGAUGGACCACCCCGUAAUCUACGCGGUGGAGGAGCUUCACGAGACUGCCGAAGGUGAUGAAAGUAUUGACGGGCUGCCGAUCAGCGAGCCCACCAACUUCAACACGGUCAACUUGAACCUCGUCGAUAAAAGUGCUCGGUUUGUCAACAGCCUUCCACCGAUGACCAACCCCAUGAGCCUUGCGCAGGGCUAUGUGUGCCGACCUUACAAGAGCGAUGUGCAGAGAUUGCGGGCUAUCUUCACUUGGGUCAGUGAAAAGAUUGCCUGGGACGAGCCCGUAGAAGAGAUCGGAAUUGACUUGAAACGGAUUCUGCAAACGAGACGAGGGAGCCCUCAGGAAGUCGCGUUUCUCGUCAAGGAAAUGUGUGCGGCAGUCGGUCUUCAUGCUGAAGUAGUGCAAGGGUUUCUCAAAACACCCGGUGAAUUGUUCGAGCUGGACAGUCUUUCGCGACCAAACCACUGGUGGAAUACAGUCUUGGUGGAUGGCGAAUGGCGCGUUAUCGACUGUGCACUAGCAAACCCGACCAACCCCCGAAGGAACCAGUUCGUAACCAGUGGCUCGUCAACAGCCGAAAGCUGGUAUUUCUUGGCACGUCCGCUUGAGAUCUGCUAUACUCAUGUCCCAUUGUAUCCUGAGGAGCAACACAUAUGUCCACCCAUCUCUCCCGAUGUGUUGCUAGCCCUUCCUACAGCGUGCCCACCUUAUUUCAAGUUGAACCUGCAGUUUCCAGACUAUGAUACCAGCCUGAUCAGAAUUGAAGGUCUGGAGCUUCUGCAAAUCCGCCUUCUCGUGCCACCGGACGUGGAAUGUGCCGCAGAAGUCGAGGCGCCCGCUUUCGCUCGUGAUGCCGACGGUGACUUCUUUGAAAGUGGGGAGGUUAUUCGCAAGCGCGCCCUGGUGCAGCCAGACUGGGUCGGCGGUCAGAAGCGCUUCACUGUCAAAGCUGUUUUGCCUGGCGACGAAGGGCAAGGCACACUCAAAAUUUACGCUGGCAAAAAGGGCCUGAUGCACUCGAGCAAAGACAUUCCCCAUCCGCUGGCACUUGCCCUUCCAAUAAUCCACACUGGCGAGAACCCUCCAUAUGAGUUUGUCCUACGCCACCCAACGCCUCAUGCCCAACGCCACGACUUGUACAUCAUACAACCUCAGUGCGCGAAACUUGCGAUCAACAAUACAUUCGUGUUUGCGGUGCGGCAGCAUCCAUCCUCACUCCCUUCCCCGACGAACAGCAGCGAUUCGGGUCCCACUGGGCGCGUCUCGCCGUCGAUUUUUGCCCGGCCUGCAAGUGCACUCAGUAUGGUCUCCAGUUCCGCAGGCGGCUCUUCUGUCUCUGCAGUUUCAAACGAAUUCUCGGCCUCUACUUCGGCCAUAUCGUCCACCAGGUCAUCAUCCGGGCGGGAAAAACCGGCCAAGCUGGCAAUCCAGUCGCCAUCGGGCAAGAUCCUCCGGCUCACUCGCAAGGCAGAUCAUAUGAUCAGCAGCGAUUCUUCGGAUCCCACCGCUGAUGGCAGUGUGUGGGAGACGGUGAUCAAGAUCGGGGAGCGCGGGACCUGGCGCGGACUCGUCCUCGCCGACCGUGUUGCCCGGUGGUGUGUUUUCUGUGAAUGGGAAUGUUUCUAG